AUGUGUCGCACAGUCUUCUGGAAAUCACCAUAUUGCGGCCAUUGCUGGCUAGAGCUUGAUAAGCCAUGCAAGGAAGGCAUGAAUCUACUCACAUGCGCCGACUUCAGCGAAGACGAAUCUCGCACAGCGAAAAUGCCAGGAUUCCCGGGACAUUGGGCUCCUCCAGACGAGUGUCCACAGUGCGACUACAAAGAAUAUGACAUGCGGCGCAGGAGGAUGUGCCAGAUGAGGCGAUAUGGCUACCGCAUAGGUACCGGAGCGAGUAAGACGCAGCCCGGCUUUGAUCUGAUUUGCUGCAAUAUGAUGUGA